AUGACGUCGUCGCUCCCUAUGGCCCAAUUUGCUCCAUUCGUGUCCGUGGUGAGCCCCUCGUUCUGGAAUACCCUUUCUCAUCUUAAACUCAAUGAGUACCAACUCAAUGAUGAGCUGAUUCCUGUCCGAGCAGACUACAGCCCCAUUCGUGCCAUUGUUGAUCGAACCACGGGUACAUUGUUGGGGGCAGGUUGUCGUAUCCGCCUUGGAAGUGAGGGACUCGAUGUGCUAGAGUCAGGAGCCUCGUCAAAAUCACAAGCCCAAACAGCCAUUACAAUGUGUGGCUAUGUGAAGAACUUUAAUACUAUGCAAGAGUUCAAAGCAGCCGACAAGCCUGCAUAUUUUUACCAAAUCGCAGAGGAGAUUUGGCGGCGACUUUUGGAGGAUGAAACAGAUGACCCUAACGAGUUUUUACUACUCACCUACGCCGAUUUGAAAGACUACAAAUACUAUUAUUGGUUUGCUUUUCCUGCGCUUCUGACCAAGGCUCCAGGAUGGCAAAUGGAGCCGUAUCAGGAUGCUUUGUGGACUCCCGCCACAGCAAUGUUGGGACACGAUACCUAUGCACGUAUCGGUGAGAUCCUUGCUCAGCAUGGGCCCAUCUCCGCGUGCUUUGUGGAUGUACGUACGCCUCUAAAGAAAUAUGCGCUGCGCGAUGGUAUGGCAUUUUGUGAGAAAGUCCCGGAAGAUAGCAGGUUCUUGGUCUUUGUCGAUCCUUCCCAGCAUGAGCAAGUGCCUGGCUGGCCAUUGCGAAAUAUCUUGACAUAUGUCUAUGUACGGUUUGGCCUUGGGCGUAUCCGGGUUGUAUGCUGGAAAGACCCCAUUGGUGAGUCCGUAUCAGCGCCGCGGUCGAUGACAGGAACGAUGGUCCUUAAUACUAUGACACAUGCACCGUCAGAGACUGUCUCCUGGCAGGGCCGCGAUACCUAUUUGGUCCCUCGACCACACAUGCCUACUGUACCAGAUGCCGUGGGUUGGGAGAGGAACUCGCAAGGCCGCUUGGUGCCUAAGAUGGUGGCGUUGGGGGAAAUGCUCGAUCCAUAUUACCUUGCCGAUCGCGCUGUGGAUCUCAACUUGAAGCUGAUGCGUUGGCGAGUCGUGCCGGACUUGGCCCUGGAGACCAUUCAAAGCGCAGAAACGUUGUUGAUUGGGGCAGGGACCUUGGGAUGCUAUGUCGCUCGCUCCUUACUGGGCUGGGGCAUCCGGCAUAUUACACUCGUGGACAAUGGACAUGUGUCGUACUCCAAUCCAGUGCGCCAGCCACUGUUUGAGUUUACGGACUGCCUCGAUGGCGGACGGCCCAAAGCCGAAGCGGCAGCAGAAGCGUUACGGCGUGUAUUUCCAGGAGCCAAAACGCAAGGUGUCAACUUGGCAGUUCCGAUGCCAGGACAUCCCAUCCCUGCAGCGCACCGCGCGAAAACUGUGGAAGCCAUUCGAACACUAGAAACACUUGUUCGGCAGCAUGAUAUUAUAUACCUCCUCACGGAUUCACGCGAGUCACGAUGGCUGCCUACUAUGCUAGGUGCAGCUCACAAUAAAUUGGUCAUUAAUGCUGCGCUGGGGUAUGAUUCGUAUCUGGUUAUGCGGCAUGGAGUGCAAAGUGUGGAUCGUCUAGGCUGCUACUUUUGCAGCGAUGUGGUCGCCCCCUCCGACUCCCUCACUGAUCGUACCUUGGAUCAGAUGUGUACAGUAACACGGCCAGGUCUAGCAGCCAUUGCCGCGGCCACAGCCGUGGAGCUCAUGGCGUCACUGCUGCAACACCCUCUUGCCGCCCAAGCCCCUGCCAUGUCCGAGCAAGACGAUAUGCCGUCACUGGGUAUGGUACCGCACCAAAUUCGCGGGUACUUGGCUCGAUUCCAGACGAUGACCUUAUCCAGUCGCGCCUUCCAUCAAUGUACAGCGUGCGCGCCGGAUAUUGUGGCGGCCUACGAGCAGGAUGGCGUGGAUUUUGUGUGUGCCGUAUGCGAUGACCCUGCAAUUCUUGAGCACAUUUCACACUUGGAUGAACUCAAAGCCGAUGUCGAUACCAAAGAGAUUGACUUGGAUUGGAGUAGUGACGAGGAUUAA